AUGACAAAGCUUGCUCAGGAUCAUGCAACUGCGAAAGAUCCCGAUAUCGAGGACGCUCUCAUUCACCUCGCCGUUGUCCUCCCCAUUGCCACUCUUCCCGGGAUCAGUCUCCAUGCCAUCACAACCGACCUCGCCGCUCCCGCUCCCGCUCCCCAAACUAUCAUAGGUCUCACUCUAACUACCGAGCACGAAACCCCCGCAUCUACAGAUCUCCAGAAAGCUCGCUCUCAUAUGCGAUAG